AUGGCUGAAGCAACCACAGCCAACGGCACAUUAUCUGGCAAAGAUGCCACCAAGUCCAGCAGGACAGUGUCGUCGGGAGGCGCCCAGGGGCCCAAUGGCGCUGGCGACUUGAGCCUGCUCACUGCUCCGCCAAAGCUGCCCCUGGCGAAGAUCUACGCCCUCCCGAUCCCUAUUCGCACUUUUCCUCUCCCUACCUUCUACCCUAACAAUCCUAUCUCCCUCAUCCACUUAGUCAUCGCCUGGCUCGGCCAGAUCUUCUGGCCGCCAGCCCCUGAACCGUCAGUCGUGCAUAUCGGCUUCUGGGAUCCGGAUACGAGAUCGGUUCACAUCGUUGACCCCGUCUCUAUCCGUGCACUGUGGGAGCAGGGCUUCUUUGGAAAGGGAAGCCUGAGCCGAAGUGAACCAAAUUGGCUGAAGAGGGAGCUGGCAAGACGCGGCUCGCUCGACGGGAAGACUGUUAGCGAAGCGCGCACUGAGCAACGCCGUGAAGAGCGCCGCCAAGCCAAAUGGGAGAGAGCAAAGGCGGAGCUUGAAGCUAUCGAGCGGCAACGGCUUGCUGAAGCGGCUGUGCAAGCAGCGGCAAAGGACUCGCUAAAGAUCAGCAAGUCGUCUCUAAGUCGCCGGCAUAGUUUGGAGAAGCCGUCGGCCGCCCCGGAGUUUGCUGAGAAGGUAACCCUUGGGCUGCCGUCGGUGAAUGGUACGGUACAUAUGGAGGCAGCUGCAUCGCGCAGCGACGCUCCUAAGCCUCAUGUUGCAGCUUCAGCAACCCGGGAGUUGAAGGCUCCUGUGGGCCCUGCCGAGCUGCUCGCCCUUCCCAAUUCUUUAGCCGAACUUCGACGAAAGGCUUCUGAGAAAGUUGAGAAACCUUGUGUCUGGAAAGCGCCGGUCGGCCCGCAAGAGUUGCUGGCCUUGCCCAACUCGGCUGCUGACCUAGAAGCUUUCUCGCGACCCGCUCGUUCAGAGGUUGGCGUUUCACCAAAAGUGCCAGCAAAGGGUGUCAUCGGCAAGGGUGAUGGUAGUCUUGAGGAACCUACACCUAAUGGUGUGGCCAAGGGAAUAUCUACACCGACUUCGUCAUCUAAUGACUCUAUGGAUACCUCGGCGCCUGCGGGAGAGGCCGCUUCCCCAAAGCGCCGCAAGAGCGUCAGGUUUUCGCCUACCGUCGAGUCAACCACCUUCCUCGACUCUGACCCUCCAAGUCCCAACCAUUCCUUGAGGAAAACUGGUCUCGGCAAGAAGGAGCCCAUGGGAACCCCUCAUGUCGAGGCUCCCUCCGAACCUACCCGCAAGGCCGACUCUAGGAGUCAAGAUUCCCCCGCAACCCCCUCAAAAAUCGAAAAUAAGGAGCACUUCCAGCUCUCCCCCGAAGAAGCCUUCUUCCUAGUCUUCUCCCUCGGCGCCCUGUCCGUCGUCGACCGCACCACCGGCCAACCCAUCCCCGCUAAGCAACUUCUCACGCUCUUCUGCUCACACUCCUACUUCCCCCCUCGCCCAGCCGACUCCUCCCUCGCCCCCAACGACCCUUUCCUCAUCCACUACGCCGUCUAUCACCAUUUCCGCUCCCUCGGUUGGGUCCCCCGCCACGGCAUCAAGUUCGGCGUCGACUGGCUGAUUUACCAGCGCGGGCCGGUCUUUGACCACAGCGAAUUUGGGGUGAUUGUCAUGCCUUCUUACUCGGAUCCACAGUGGGAGAGGCAUGAACAUGAGGAGACGAAGCGAACGUGGGCAUGGCUGAUGGGUGUUAACCGGGUGUUAUCGCAUGUGUUAAAGAGUUUGGUGCUGGUGUAUGUGGAUGUGCCGGCGCCGCCUGUGUUUGAGCAGGCCAUGCGCAGCGGCGGUAUUUCCGAGGCGCUGAAGAAGUACUCCAUUCGGGAGGUCAUGGUCAGGCGGUUUUCGGUGAAUAGGAAUCGAUAA